AUGGAUUUACACAACACAUUUUUAUUGACACUGUUGUCAUUACUUCUUUCAGUAUGUUCAGUUAUUUCUGAGAGCUGCACUUUUUACACGAGCGCCACAACGUUGGUUCGUACUUGUACUACUGGAUGCUGUGACACUGGCUGCUGUACUGAUGAUUACCAAACAUUGGCUAUAAUACUAGGGACUGUGUUUGGCUGUCUUCUCCUAGUUUUCAUCAUUGCGCUUGUGGUAGUGUGUGUGACAAGAGACCGGUGGUCGAAACGAGUAAACCCUAAAAACAAAGGUUCCAAGCAAACAAAGAAAAAUGAGGAUGUGAUGCUUACAGACAUGGAGACCAACAAUACAGCGUCGGUUUGA